AUGGCGGAUACUUGCGCAGCAGGCAACGGCAGCGUCUGCUGGCUCUGUGAAGGCAGAGACAGCGCUGCCUGUGUAAUUUGCGGGCCCGUGGCCAGUACCUGCGGCCAGACGAGCGCGUUCGUGGGCCAGGACGGCUGGGCCUGCGACGACUCCCGAGAUGAGAGGUUUGGGAACUGGACCUGUUCUUCCGUGGAGGAUGCAAACCUUCAGCUGCUCAGCGACUCCGAGGCUCUGCUUCAGCGAGGGGAUGCUUCCGCUGCCUUCGAGCGCGCCGAGCAAUGCUGCCGCAGCAUGGAGGAUCGGCUGAGUGGAGGUGGACGAGGGCCCCUUCGCUACCAGGAGGCCAAGCCUGGAGAACUCGAGCUGCUCUGCCUGGGAUGGGCACAGCGAAUAAGGGCAAGCCUUGUGCGGCAGAACUACUCCUCCAUGGUGGAAGAUACAAAGAAAUUCUCAAGGCUGCAUGAAGAGAUUGUCGGUGGGGGCGAGCCAGACCUUCUCCACAAGUUCGAGAAGCAGGUGACUGGAGCCUCAGUGGUGGACCAUGUCGAGGUGCUCGGGGCAGCAGCAGAGCUCGCUAGCCAGUGCAGGGACAGAGUGGCGCGUGGCUACGCCCCAAAGAUCGUAUUGGACCACGCCUCCAAGGCUGUGGCGGGUUUGCAGCCGCUUCCGGGCAGCGAUUUCCCAGGGCUUAGCUCUUUGCGUGCGCAUUUGCAUGUGUCCCGUGCGCAAGCCCACCUGGAGUUGGAGCUCUGGAAACAGGCCAAGGAGGAUGCCAGCGCAGCCUUGCGCUUUGACCCUUCGCUUGCUGAGGCCAAAUACAUGCUGAAGGCGGCAGAGUGUGAGAGCUGGUAG